AUGGCGGCAUCUCAAACAAGACACGCAGGAUCUGGAAUAUUUUGGACAAAAAUUGGAAUGGACGAAGAGGUCUCAUGGAAGUCAAGUAGCAAUAGUGUCUCAAGUAAUAAUAGUACAAAGAUGCAAGCCAGACGACCUUCUGACUGCCAUAUUGAUGUGCCAUUUAAAAGAGGUGGCAAGAAACAGGGCUAUGUACAAAAUGAUCAAUAUAAUUGUGACGUUAAGAAAAAUGCAUCAACCUUUGCUUCUAUACCCACCGAGAAAACCACUUUCCCAAUGCAAGCUCCAAAACCUGUAAGUAAGGCGAUAUUUGAAAGUACCACUGCACAGAGUCAAGUAGGUCUGAAAGACCUUUGUCCUGAAGACAAACGACGCAUCGCAAACCUCAUUGAAGAACUUGCCAGAGUAAGCGAGGAGAAGGAAGAGUCUGUAAAGCGCUUUCAAGAUGAACAUGAUAAUUUUGAAAUCAAGAUCCAACAUCUCGAGCAACAGAACCUGCUCAUAGCACAUGAAAGAGAAAGCCUUCAGCAGCAGUACAGAGAGUGUCAGGAGCUUCUUGGGCUCUACCAACAAUACCUUACUCAGCAGCAAAUAAAGCUCAACCAGUCCAACGCUGAGCUUAGCCAGGCACACACUGACUAUAAGAUACAGAGCAGUGAAGAAGCCAUUACUAAAACUACUGGUCAAGCUAAUGGUCUACUUUUUGAUGGCUCGUACCUCAGUCUUGCUGCUUGUCAAACACAUCAACCUGCAGUGUCCAGAAGAAGUAGUGGAAGAAGAGAAGCCCUGGAGCCCGCCACUAUUCCUACACCUGCUUCCUAUUACAGUAAAACCUGUCCAGUUGACUCUGGUCAGCAUCAGAUUCAGACAGGAGAAUCUGGUUUGCAGCAAGUAGCUUUCCAAGACAGUGGCUAUGUUACCCAACAACGUAGAACAAAAGGCCAUUAUCUUGAAAAAAAUUGUGAGAGCAACUUAAGCCAAAGAAAACAUUGGAUUGAACAAGAGAAGGACUUUGCCGCUGAGAAUAAAAAAACUACAACCAUCCCUCAGCUUGGUAGUGAGGACUGGGAAGAGAAGAUGCACCAGCUGUUGCUACAGAAGAUGCAGCUGGAGAUGGAGAGAGAGAAGCUGCAGACACGACUGGCUGAUCAGGAGGAGCGGCUUAGCAGACAAAAUCAGCAACUGUUACAGUCACAGCUUGACUGCAGAAGGACAUUGGUCGACAAUGGGACGUCACAGCCAGUCCUUCCUCAUAGCCAAGAUUUCCCCAUGAGUGGGAAUCAUCUUGCACAAAAGCACGUGCAUGACAACUGUUCACAAACUGCUCCGCUGGAUAAAAGUCUUCAUCUUUGUGAUGCUACAGUGCAAUCAAAGAAGGACACAGCCACAUCCCCUGUUGAAUUCCCUGCAAGCCCCGUGGAGCUCACCAUGAGGCCUGCGACUCAAAAGAUAUCUGAUAAUCGGUUGGACCUAUCUGCAGUUGAUUUAGUGGAUAUCUUUAGUUCCAUUCCGACACAUGACCAAUGCAAACCAUCAUCAUGCAGGCCGAAAUCAUCGCAACGAGGGCAGUCUCUCACUGCACGCAAACCAAUCUGCAGAACUGUGCAAACCCCUGCGGUGCCUUAUCCUCCGAAGUGCCAGCAGGACCUGGAAGAAAGCCAAAUAUUGGAAGAUAUUUUCUUUAUUUGCUGA